CUGUUUGUGUAAUGGUCAAGGAGAGAAAAAGUGUCAACCGUCAAGGCUCUGUUCAUCACUAGAAGGAAGUUUCCAACCUUUGUCUCGGUUAUUAAACCCAGAAUCAAAGCUUAGACUUUAGAAUUUAACUACUAAUUGAUUCUUCUUCUGAUGAAUACUAUUAAUUUUGUAAAUCUCCUAAGCUUUAAUCUAACGCUUUACCCACAUGGGUUCCUCAGUUCUCUUCCUCUGCUUCUUCCUUUUCAUCUUCUUGUUCCAUCUCAGUAGUUAUAAGGUGGUAACAGGUCAAAACAUCUGCCAGAGUUCUACCUGCGGCGACAGUACAUCACCGGAGAUCCGAUUCCCCUUCAGAAUAAAAAUGCAACAAGAGAAGACUUGUGGGUACCCAGGGUUCGACCUCAAGUGUGAGUAUCAAAACCAGAGUAGAACGAUUCUAGAACUCCCAUCUUCAGGAAGGUUUUGGUUACAAGAGAUCAAUUAUACCAAACAAGAGAUCAGUAUAGUCGACCCAGAAAAUUGUAUUUGGAGAAAAUUUCUUACUUUGAAUCUCUCUAGUUCAGUUUUCAGUGGAGCUUACUAUGAUAACUAUACGAUCCUAAGGUGUUCGACGAAUUUAACGAUGCCUUUACCUCUUUCGAUGAAGUCUAUAGAUUGUAUGAGUAAUUCGAGUUAUGAGAUUCGGGCAACGCUGGCUACGGUGAUGGAAACGGAGUUUUGGAUGUCGCUGACUGGUUGCGAGAGGAUAGCGACGGUGGCGGUUCCGGUUCCUUGGUCGGGAUACUAUGAUGAGAAUGGUGACAGAUCGUUUAGUAGAGAAGAUCUGCGACUGGAAUGGGAUGAGCCCAAUUGUGUAGAUUGUGAAACGAAGGGAGGGAGGUGUGGAAGGUUGAAGAGCAGCAAUGUCUCUGGCAUUGAAUUCGGAUGUUUCGAUAUUCCUCCGACGGCGAACGGGAAAACAGGACUACCAAGGAGCGUGAGCUAUGCGGUGACCAUAGGCAUUGGCAUACCUGCACUCUUAUGUGGAAUUGGGAUUGCAUGCUAUGUUGGUGGCAAGGUCAAGAGAUUCAGUAGACGCAAUUCGCAUAUAACACAGGCUGGUUCCUCCUCGACCUUCAAUCCACAGCCCGCCGUCAUUGCGAUAGCUCUCGACGAAUCAACCAUAGAAUCCUAUCCGAAAGUGGUACUCGGUGAGAGCUGCCGGCUGCCGGGGCAUAAUGACAGUCCAUGCCCCAUUUGCUUGGCAGAGUACCAGCCCAAGGAGACACUCAGAACCAUACCACAGUGCCAACACUGUUUCCAUGCUGCCUGUAUUGAUGAGUGGCUUAGAACGAAUGCGACCUGUCCCCUGUGCCGGACUUCUCCAGCGCUACUGUGAUGUGAUCAUUCCCCUCCAUGGUCUUAUCUUAUUCAUCUCUUCCUUCAAUACCUCUCUUUAGGUCAUUGUAAGUUAUAUAAUCUGUGAUUCUUCUCUGCUAUUCUGUAUCUUUGCAAUUUUGUUAAACAUACUACUCUACAGCAUUGUAUAUAAUUUUGAGAGCAAUAUACAAGUCUCAUGAUAGUUAGUGUAUUA